AUGGCUUAUGUAAAAGUUGUAAAAAAUAAAGCGUAUUUUAAAAGAUAUCAAGUCAAGUAUAGAAGAAGAAGAGAGGGAAAAACCGACUAUCGAGCUAGGAAGGCCCUAAUCUUACAAGAUAAAAAUAAAUACAAUGCACAAAAGCUUCGUUUUAUUGUUCGUAAAACAAACAGUCAAAUAAUAUGUCAAAUAGCUAGUGCCCAUAUCGAAGGUGAUAAAAUAUUAUCAGAAGCAAAAUCAAAAGAAUUAGUUAGAUAUGGAAUUCCUGUCGGAUUAAAAAACUAUGCAGCUGCAUAUGCUACUGGAUUAUUAUGUGCUAGAAGAUUUUUAAAACAUUUAAAUUUAGAUAGUCAAUUUAUAGGAGUCGAAAAAGUUACUGCUGAAUCAGUAGCUGAUGAUGGUGAUAAAGAAGAAGAAGGUGAAAGAAAACCAAUCAAAGCAUUUUUAGAUGUAGGUAUAACUCGAACAACAACAGGAAAUAGAGUUUUUGCUGCAUUAAAAGGUGCAUGUGAUGGUGGUAUAAAUAUUCCACAUGGAAAUAAUCGAUUCCCUGGAUCAAAAAAUGAAUUUAACCCUGAACAGUUAAGAAAAAAUAUAUUAGGUAUACAUGUAGCUGAAUAUAUGGCUUCUAUGAAAGAAGAAGAUAUGGAUAAAUAUAAAGCUCAUUUUAAUGAUUAUUUAAAACAUAAAAUUGAUGAGAAUAAUAUCGAAAAUAUGUAUCUUACUGCUCAUGAAAAAAUUAGAAAAAAUCCUGAGAAGAAACCCAAAAAGGCUACUAAAAAAUUCAUAGCCAAACAUCAAAAACCAACAAAAUUAAAUGCAAAAUUAAGAAAGCAAAGAGUUAAAGAAAAGUUGGAAAAGUACAUCGAGAAAUUACAAUAA